CGACUGUGUCAAGCGGUUGGAGACACAUUUGGAGGCAUACCUACAAAAAGGCAGUCAUGAGAUUGAGCUCAAGAAGAAUAUGUCAAACCUAACGAUGGAUGUGAUAGCUCUGUGCGCUUUCGGUACCAAAAUAGACACUUAUGGCGAGAAAAGGAGUGAUUUCUUGACGUACGCUCAGAAGAUAGUGAAUCCGUCGGUCAGGGUUUGGGUCCUAUUCCUCAUAGUCGUACAGUUCCCCAAUUUUCUCAAGUGGACAGGACUAUCACUAAUGGAUCCUGGUGCUUGCAGAUUCUUUCAAGCAGCUGUGCGCUCAAUUAUAUCGAGACGUCAAGCAGAUCAAGUGAAACACAACGACUAUCUGCAACUUAUGCUGAACGCACAGAAUAAGACAUUAGACACCAGUGAUGAACCGGACAUCGAUGGAGACAAAAGUGAACAAAUCUAUGGACCGAUCGAUGCGAACAAGAAUCCCAUCGCAAACAAAGUCAAGAUGGAUGUCACCGAAGUUGAUGUGUUGGCCUCGAGUUUCAUAUUCUUUGCGGCCGGUUAUGAGACAACCGGUUCUCUCCUAACGUUCCUCUUCUAUAGGUUAGCAUUGAAUGAGAAAUGUCAACGAAGGCUAUACGAGGAAGUGAGUCGUUUUGAUGGCGACUAUAGCUAUGAAAAUCUCGUAAAAAUGACUUAUUUGGAGGCAUGUAUUGCCGAGACUUUAAGGCUCUAUAAUCCACUCGUUUUUAAUGAGAGAAUAGCGGCUGAAGACUAUAAAUUGGGCGACACCGGGAUUACUAUUCCAAAGGGUACUUUUGUGGACAUUGAUGUUUGGUCCAUUCAUCACAACCCCGAGUAUUAUCCAAACCCUGAUCGUUGGGAUCCGGAGAGGUUUAUGCCGGAGAAUAGGGACCAAUUGGUUCCAUACACUUAUAUGCCGUUUGGUUUGGGGCCCAGAAAUUGUGUGGGAAUGAGGUUUGCUUUAAUGGAGGCCAAGACAGCGGCCGCCCAUUUGGUCAACAAAUUUGAAUUCUCGAGAACAACCGACACUCCGACUGAACUCAAACCACAAAAAAUGCAAUUUUUACUUAAUUGUGGCGAAAUUAAAGUGGGAAUUAAGUCGAGAAAAUAAAAUCAAUUAAUAAAUUUAUAAUACUGACUAACUUG